UUGUCUUGUGUUUAACAUGCGAUAUGAUAGAGAGCUACAAAUUAAACACAUGACGUACUGCACCUCCCUAGCUAGCUUCGAUCUCUAAAGCGACGGCGGCGGUCCUCAGAAGCAAGCAGCAGCACCUCCUCCUCCUAGCAACUAUACAUAUGAUCCUCUUCUCCUUCAUCCAUCAGCACAGCGCAGUGCUAGCUAGCUGCUACCUCGUCGACGUCGAGUCGAGACUCGAGACAGCGUAAUUAUAAAAAAGGCACGGCACUCACCACCUCGAGCACUUGGCUUCUGCUGCCAGGAGAUCCAUAGAUAGAGCAAUAUAAUGGCGACCUCCCUCCCGGGCGCGCCCCUCCUCGCCCGUGCCACCACCAGGUGCAGCCUCCGCCCUAGUGCACGACCUGCUGCUCCGCCUCGCUCCGUGGUCACCAACAGGAGCUCGCUCCGCGCAGUCGCCGUCAGGUUCGGUGUCGACGAGGCGCUGCGCUCCGAGUCCAAGGUCGAGGCGGCGUCGGUGCCGCGCUCCGUGCCGGUGCGCGUCGCCUACGAGCUCCACCAGGCCGGCCACCGCUACAUCGACGUCAGAACCGAGGGCGAGUUCAGCGCUGGGCAUCCCCAAGGAGCUGUAAAUAUCCCCUACAUGAACAAGACCGGCUCAGGAAUGACGAAAAACACCCACUUUCUUGAGCAAGUGUCGAGGAUCUUUGGCAAGGAUGAUGAGAUCGUCGUUGUAAGUCUACUGAAUGCAUCAUGGGAUGCCAAAGUGGUAAGAGGUCUCUCGUGGCAGCAACUGAACUCUGCUCUGCUGGUUUCACUGCUGUGACCGACAUCGCUGGUGGAUUUUCUUCUUGGAGGGAUAAUGGAUUGCCUACUACCCAGUAAUCUGAGCUUCUUUCUGAAGCCCAAUAUCCUGUAAAGGCGGCGUAGCUCAAGGAUUGUACAAGUGUACAUAGGGCGUGUUUGGAUGGGUGGCUAAAGGGCUGGACAGGCUUCAGGAAUGCAACUUUGAUCUGUUUGGUUGCAUGCAUAAGGCAUAAGCCAGACCUCAGCAAUGCAAAACGGAGGCCCCAGCCUGGCUUGCUGGAAACGCUCGCGGCAAGCGUUUCCAGCAAGCCAGGCUUGCACAAGCAUCGUUGGCCCAUGCCUGCACCCGCCGAUGCAUCCGCGUAUGCACGCGUGUGAGGGGUCUUCGCUGCCGGUGUUCCCCAGAUCUGUGCAAGGCAGAAAAGCAUCGGCUGCAGAUAGUCUGUGGUGCGGCUGUUGGCCUUGGCUGCUGGCAAUCUGUCCUUAUCGAAAUCGCCGGCGGCGGUACCUCGGCGGUGGGCAGCGUUUGCAAUCCGAACAGGUUGGGCGGCCAUCAUCUUGAGAGAAUCCAUGCUCGAGAGGAAACCUUCAAUGGCGGGAAGGGUUGUAGCCGCUCUGACAGAACCAAUUGCGGAGGAUCUUGCGGCUGGGAAGGCGUUCAUCUGACAGGUGUCUUCACUUAUGGUGGAGUUCAAUCUUGGAAGGAUUCGGCAUUGUUUCUUAAUUACUGAUCUACUUGUUCUGUGAAUACUCAUUAGCUAUCUAAUGAUUAGAAGGCCAAGUUCAUUUUGGGGAAUUGAUGGAUUAAUGAACUGUUCUGAUCCAUUUCAUUCCAAUGUGUGUUGUGUGAUAUCUUUGUAAUGCCAUUUACUGGGGCUUGAACUAAUACCGGAGACAGAUUUUUUUAUGUUAUAAAGACGUGAUCAUUAAUUUUUA